AAUACCAACUGAACCUGUGAAAGAGUGCUUUCGUAGAAGAAUGUCAUAUUUUAGUGAAAUCUGUGGUUCUCUAGCUUAACAUCAGGUUUAAAAAUUGUUACUUCUGAGUUAACAGUUUUGGUGCGUUUGAAAUAAAUUAUUGUAAAACGUCUGCACACUCCAAGUUUAAAUAGACAAAUGUAAACAUGAAAUUAGCCUUUCUAAACUUAAGAGGGUUAAAAAGAAAUCACUUGGCCAAUCACAACCAGCGCGCGUCUUUUCAAAACAUUGAUCAAAAAAGACAGUUUCAGGCGCCAACAUUUAAAAAAAAUUGUCAAGAUACGUCAUCCCAGUAGCUAGAUAAAAUUUUGCGGAGGAAAAUCAAGGUACGUCUUAAAUAAAAGUGAUAAAGUUGGCACAGAGAGGAAAGGGUUGAAAACACCAGGAAUUAAAGGGAACGGAUGGAGGAAUAGUUUAUAGUUGGUCUAUAGGCACGGGAUGUUCUUUUCGGGAGUGGGAGUCUCCACCAAUCGAGCCUAAGAGGAAAGACUGCCUUGUCCAAUUUGUCCAAUCAGAACAGGACAGUCUUUAUAUAUAUGGGUACAAAAGGCUAGGCUUUCGUUUUUUCUUCAUUUAGGCGGGUUCAGAAGUUCGCAAUGGCUCGUACCAAGCAGACAGCUCGCAAGUCCACUGGUGGGAAGGCGCCUCGCAAGCAGCUGGCCACCAAGGCUGCUCGCAAGAGCGCUCCGGCCACCGGCGGGGUGAAGAAGCCGCACCGCUACCGGCCCGGCACCGUGGCCCUGCGCGAGAUCCGCCGCUACCAGAAGUCCACGGAGCUGCUGAUUCGCAAGCUGCCAUUCCAGCGUCUGGUCCGUGAAAUCGCGCAGGAUUUCAAGACCGACCUGCGUUUCCAGAGCUCAGCGGUGAUGGCGCUGCAGGAGGCCUGCGAGGCCUACCUGGUGGGGCUCUUUGAGGACACAAACCUGUGCGCCAUCCACGCCAAGCGGGUGACUAUCAUGCCCAAGGACAUCCAGCUCGCUCGCCGCAUUCGUGGGGAGAGGGCAUAAAUUGUCUUGUGAAUGUGUGCUAACAAAAACCCAAAGGCUCUUUUCAGAGCCAACAACCUUUUCUAUAAAAGAUGCUGUGUACUGCU